UCCUGCUUGCGGCAGCGUCGCCAGCAGAACUCGCACGGAGAGGGCGUCGCUCGUAGGGGGGGGUGCGCUGGGCUUGGCCUCGUCUGCCCAGCAGCAACCUAGUGCAAGAGCCCAGGGCAAAGGAGGGGCACCGAGAGGUGGGGGAAGGGAAGGCGUCCCCGGCCAAGCCCGGGAAUUGCUCCGCCAGACCCAGGCUGCCCAAGCGAGCGAUCAUGGGGCUGGAGAAAGAGAAAGCGGACACCAAAAUCUUCAUGGAUGAAGACGGCUUCAAUCGGAGCAGUAGUCCCGCGCCGUCGGAGACUGACAAAAAUCUGGAGAAAGCGCCGGACCGGGACCCGCACGGGUUGAACAGCCACCUGAAGCUGGGGUUUGAGGACGUGAUAGCGGAGCCUGCAUCCACUCACUCGUUCGAUAAAGUCUGGGUCUGCAGCCAUGCUCUCUUUGAGCUCAGCAAGUACCUGAUAUAUAAGCUCCUGACACUUGUCCUUGCCAUUCCCUUGGCCCUGGUUGUAGGGAUUCUCUUUGCUGUGCUCAGUUGCCUACACAUCUGGGUUGUGAUGCCAUUCAUAAGGUCUAUCCUUUUGAUCUUGCCAUCCGUGGAAGCUGUAUGGAAAAAUUUGACAGAUGUUUUCAUUGCACCAGUGUGUCACAGCAUGGGACGGUGCUUUUCAGCAAUCAACAUACGUCUUGACCAAGAGUGAACGAUUUGGAUCCAAUGCUAUUUUAGUCUUAAGUGCUAUUAAAGUCUCCUUAUUGCUAUAAUAUAGAGACAUAUAAGCAUUCAUUCCAGAGCUACUGCUGUUUAAAGAAAUGACAUUUCCGCCCUUCAGCUGGGUUGCACUUUUUAUGGGGGGAAAAGCUUGCUUUGGGGACAGGGAAGAUACCUAUAUUAUAACUAAAAGAUAACAAGUGACAUUUAACAAUGUUAAGGUAAUGGUACUUCUAAUGCUUAGUUUCCAUAAAUGUGUUGUGGAUAACUAAGGGAGGUGAUCUUGAAAUGUAUCAAUCAAAUUUUCAUCUAUUGUGUUACUCAAAUUUCCUAGAAAUCAUUCUACCAAUAGAUUUGACCUAUUUAUUGAUGUUAGGCUAUACAGCUCUUAGAAAUAAGAACAGAAUGUAAAAGGUUAUUUCUGAAGGGUUUUCUUAUCUGAAUUCUGCUGGUCAGCAUUUCUAGCCACACAAACAGAUACUUCUGUUUGUAUAUAGAUUCUAUAAUCUUAUCAACUUCUUGCACUGAAUAACCUCUUAGUAUUCAGGUAGUCCUUGACUUAUGACCACAAUUGAGCCCAAAAUUUCUGUUGCUAAGUGAAACAUUUGUUAAUUUUGCCCUAUUUUGCCUUUCUUGCCAUAGAAUCACUGCAGUUGUUAAAUUAGUGACACGAUUGUUAAUUGAAUCUGGCUUCCCCAUUGACUUUGCUUGUCAGAAGGACACAAAAGGUUGGGACACUGCAACCAUCAUAAAUAUGAGUCAGUUGUCAAUAAUCUUACUUUUGAUCACAUGACCAUGGGGAAUGCUGCAAUUGUAAUUCACUUUUUUCAGUGCUAUUGUAACUUUGAGCAGUCACUAAAGGAACUGUUGUAAGUCGAGGACUACCUGUAAUUCAUAUUUCAAGUACUGGCAGUUUCCAAACCCAUGGAUUUCCAACACAAUAGGAUCUUAAAACCUGGUAGAAUCCAUGCACAUUCACCUUCAGUGGAUAUCAAAGGUGAAAUUUUGAUCAUUGCUUAGAGGGCAGCAGGUCAGAAAUGUUUAAAGUACAACACAAGCAAAAACAGAUAAAUGCUUAGGUGGGCACAGCCAUUUGAGAAGCUUAAAACAGUAUUGCCUGCAAGUCAUUAAGGUCUUUUCCCUGUUUUUAUGCUUAAAAAUAUUUUGGAACAUAUAUACACAUAUCCUUGGAUCACUGAUUAGUUCCAGCCCCAGAUCAUAAAAGCCCCAUUUCCAAAUUUGACAGUGAGGUGCUCAGAUGUACAAAUGUGCUCCAAGUGCAAUUUCUAAAUAACAGAAGAAUUCAUGCAGCCAUUUAUUUUCAUUCGCAUGAAUGUCUAUAGGAAAGCUCUUGCAGGACUUCUGUGAAUUAGAGUAGCAUAUAAGGACUCCAAGCUGAGUAACCAAGUACAUGCCUCAUGGGAGGAGGGAGGUUAUAAGGGAAAUCUUUUAACAGGAUUUGAGGGUUUCCAAAACUCUGUAAAAGUUGUGAAUUCAAAAGAGUUGUAUAGCAAGUAGACACAAAGCUUAACAGAUAAAGGAUACUGGCUGAAUACUUUUUAUCUUGCCCUCUGUGCAUAUUCCUAAGUAUCAGAAGAAAAACAAAACCUUCCCAAAUUCACUCUUGAAAAUGAGAUGUUGAUCUGAGAGGAAAAUAAUCUUUAUGCUAUAUUUAAUUAAACUUUUGACUUUUUUGUAUAUAUUGUGUUUUGUAUGUAAAUGACAAAGUAAAAAAGUUAUCUUGAAGUAUUA